CACCUCUCUCAAUUCUCUAAAGCUCUGCCGCUGACCCGCUGUGACCUGUGAGUUCUAGUUCGAGCCUUCGACCGCCGAUUGUCGACAGAGACCUCGGCGACGACGACUUCUCUCCUCGGCGACGGCGACUUCUCAGUUCUCUCAUCGGCGACUAACCUUCAUUGUUCAAUCUUCAACAGUUGCGCAGGAGCUUAAUGACCAAGGACUUUGAUAGAGAUGUAUCAAAUCUCAAAUGCCUUUUCAUUGCUAAAUUUGGAUGUUGAAGAUAGCCAGGAUGAAACCCGAACUGAUAUUACUAAUGGGGCCACCGGUAGAGUAAACAGAAAAGGUAAAGGGAAAGACAAAUAUGGCAGCCCAGGAGAGAUGGAAGUACUUGAACAUGAAAAAGGGGAUCAGAAGUCAGUUUCAGCAGAGUACAAAUUGCCUCUUGUAUGGAUUGACCUGGAGAUGACCGGUUUGAAUAUUGAAGUUGAUAGGAUAUUGGAGAUUGCUUGUGUAGUUACAGAUGGAAAUUUGACGAAUUCAAUUGAGGGUCCGGAUUUGGUUAUAAAUCAACCUAAGGAGUGUCUAGACAAAAUGGGUGAAUGGUGUCAAGAGCAUCAUGCAGCUAGUGGUUUGACUGAGAGGGUGCUUAAGAGUACGGUCACUGAAGAAGAAGCUGAGAAACAGGUUAUUGAAUUUGUCAAGAGAAACAUUGGCACAUAUACACCAUUACUAGCAGGAAAUUCAGUCUACGUGGAUUUUCAAUUUUUGAAGAAAUACAUGCCGAAUCUGGCUAGUCUUUUUUCACAUGUACUAGUUGAUGUCAGCAGUGUCAAGGCAUUGUGUGUUCGUUGGUUUCCAAGAGAUAGCAAAAAGGCUCCUAAAAAGGAAUGCAAGCAUAGAGCUAUGGAUGACAUUAAGGAGAGCAUAGCAGAACUCAAAUACUUCAAGGAACACAUAUUCAAGGCCUCCAAGUCUAAUAAGUGAGUUCGUUAGGGGUGUUACUUCUGGUCCCACAGUUUGGUAUUGCCUGCAGUGGAAAGUGGUGAAGGUCUCUUGUUGUAUGUGAAGUAUGAAACAUUGUGCUUAACAAUAAAGGUUUUUCUUACUUACUAUUUCAGCAAGCAAUUCUGUUUACCGAAAAACGGAUAACAACUGAAUUUAUACACGGUUCUUAGGAUA